AUGAAUCAGAAUUUGGUACCAGCUUAUUUUCAGACUGGAAAUAUAAACUCUGCUCCACAACAGGUCGAGCAUGUAGUAAUUGGCGAUCGUGUCAGUAUCCUGAAAGAUGAAACGAAAUCAACAAUGCAGUUACAAGCACAAGCACCCACGGGUAUGACUAUUCAUCCAGCAGGUACAACUUUUUUUCAAACCACAUCCAGUAGUCCAUUUACGACAACAAAUAGUGGUCCUAUUUUUCAUAAUUCUACAACAACGACAUUUCUCCCCAAUUCGGUCCAAAACGUACAGAUUCAGCCAAACACUGCAGCCGCGCUUAAUGGACAACAGCAAGUACGCCUUGUGCAAACCGUCAAUCCUGCACCGACUGUUAAUGUCACGUCUCCUCAACAGCAAGGUGCCACAGUUUUAACUGUUGUAACAGCACAGAAUCCAAGUGGUACAACUAUGCAGAUUCUUCAGCCACAGGGUGCUGAAACAGAUGAACGGCGUAUUGCUGCCAUAUUGGAUUCAUACUUCAUUGAACAGCAGGCUCCAACAACAUCAGUAGUUGCACCUAUCACAUCAGCUGCUGUAGCUGUUGCAACGCCAGCUGCAUAUCCAUCGCCUGCAAGUAUUGUCGCAAAAUACACGCGUGGGAAAGGUACAACACAAGAAAAAAAAGAAAAAGACGAAGCAAAACGAGCUAAACAAGCGGAGGCAGCAAGAUUGCGGUACCACCGGUUAAGCGCUGAGGAAAAAAGAGCUUUGAAUAUCAAGCGAACUAUGGCGCAGAAACGCAAAAGACAACGUGAAAAGGAACUUGAAGAACUUGAAAAUUUGUUGCGGCAAACAAAUGAUAUACAAGAGGAUCCUGAUAUUAAUGAGCAGUUACGUGAGAAACGAAUGCGAGCACGUUGGGCUGAAGCAGCACGUUCACGUUAUCAGCGUAUGUCAUCAGAAGAACGCCGCGCCCAUAACAAUCGUAGACGAAUGAGACAAAUUGCUGCAACGGAAGGAUUAAAGGGGCCUGAUGGACAGCCCGAUGAAGAAGCAAUCAAGAGGCAUAUCAAAGAACAAAAUGCAAAAAAAGCUGAAGCUGCCAGACUUCGUUACCAUCGGAUGACCGAGGAGGAAAAGAGGGCCUACAAUCAGAGAAGAACGGAAGCAUUUCGACGACGACGCAUGGAAGAAGAAAUGUUACUUGCAAUGCCAAUUGGGCGCAUCAAUGGCGAAGCUUUAGAUCGAGCACAGCAAAUUGUUGUUCGAAAUGCGAAACGAGCAGAAGCUGCUAGGCUGAGAUACCAAAGAAUGACACCCGAGCAAAGGAAGGCAUAUAAUCAAAAACGGUACACGCCAAAACGGAAGCGACUUGAGCAUACUGAGGAUAGUGAGAGUAAUGCGAGUCGCGGCCGAAAACGUAACCAAGAAGAACAGUUUGAUGCACUUUCAACCUUGGAGAGAGAUGUAAUCAAGAGGACACAGCAGGCCCAAGAAGCUUUAAUGCGCCAACGAGGAGCCUCCUCUGCGAAUACUCCUGCUGGUGCUUACUUGACAGCACAUGUUGUUCAGCAGCCUCAAUCAAAUGUAACUACGGUUCUGCCGAGCACAGCAAUAAUCCCAAAUAGUAGUGGUGUGUUGCCGGGUGUGCUGGCUGCACAGAUUCAGCCAUCGCAAAUUCAAACCGCUUCAAUUCAGGCACAGCAAGUGCAGUCGCAACAAACAAGCCAGUCUAUGCAGCAGCAGGCAAUGACACAAAUUCCACAAGUUCAGGUGCAGCAAAUUCAUCCCCAACAAAUCCAGAAUCAGUCUUCACAACAGCAACAACAACAGAUUCAGUAUACCGUAACUCCAGGGGGACAAAUGAUGGUUGGACAACACCUACAACAGCAGUUACUUACGCCAUAUACGACAGUGCCUCCAAGAGCCUAA